UCAGGAAUCUCUAGUGCACCGGAGUCCAGAGAUCAUUCUGGAUGGCCAAAUCGGGAAUCUUUAGAGGGAAACACGGUUGCACCAUUAGUUGACAGCUUCUACAAAAAUAGACAAGAUAAUGCCGAAGCCAAGGAAAUAGGCAGGGGAAAAAGCUAUAACAAAAAUUUAUCUCCUGGUUUUGAUGGGGCAGAUUGGCAUAAGCGUGAUCAGACUCCCGAAUAUGAUUGGAGCGGUUCUGGGAGGUACCCAGGAAAAGGCAGGAGCAGGAGCAGGAGCGGAAGGAGAGGCAGGAGUCCGAGCAGGGACAAGGCAAGGGACAGAGGAAGGGGCUGGAGCAGGAGCAGGAGCAGGAGCAGAGGCGAGGGCAGUGUAAGGGGUCAGACAAGAAGUCGUACUUCUAUCCAUGAUCAUAGACAAUCUGGUGGCUGGAGUGAUGGAAGUAGGCAUGAAAAAUUAUCACGCACCUGUAGAGAUUUUGCCACGGGAAGGUGCAGGAGAGGCAGGCAAUGUAGAUUUCUUCAUCCUGAUAGUAUGAGCAGCAGUGAUCGGGACCGUGUUGAAGAUGACAGAGCUGAAAAUCAGAGAAAUAGACCAGGGCUUGGCCAUAUUUCAGGUCAUAUUCUAACGAUAGAGGUCCUGGGUUCCAAUCCCGAAAUGAUGUUUGCGAUCCCUAUUAUGAAGAAGAUGAACAGUUCAGAAACCAAAGUAGAAAUGCAUUUCCUUGCAGAGACUUUAUGAAGGGUAAGUGUCGUUGGGGAGACACGUGCAGAUUUUCUCAUCACGAAGCUUCUGGUGAUAGUUAUGGCAAAGGUACUAGAGAUGCAUCCUUCAGUAGGCACAUUGAACAACAAGCGAACAAAAAUGUGAAACCCUCUUGCAAGUUUUUUGCAGCAGGCAAUUGCAAUCGGGAUGAUUGCAGGUUCUCUCAUGACGGUCCGAAGCUGAACAAUCUUGAAGGCAGGCCAGGUGAAGACACAAGCAUCUUCAGUUUGGACGACAAGAGUAAAUGGUGGAAUGGUACGAGUUGGGACGAUUCAGUCAAAGUCUCAGACAAAGUGAAGUCCACUGGGGGAACUGGAAGUGUUGUUGCUAACGUGAACGUUAUUGGUGAAACCGCGUUAGGAAGAACUGACGGUAGAUUGGACCAUAGUUUGGAAAUCGAGAGGAGAACUUGGGGAAUCCCAAAACAGAAUGAAAAUUAUUUGAAGAGAGACCAACAACUCUCUCUUCUUGGGGAAAGUGGUAGUUAUGAUGUGGACAUGGGCAUGACGGAAUCUAUGGUUAAAGAAAGUAUAGCUGGCAAACAAGAAUGCAUUUUCCAUGAUUCACAAUUGCUAAACGAGGAUGGAAUUUCACAUGUUUAUGGACAAAAUACAAUGCAAGAAGACCACAGUCUUUCUAUAAAAACCUCGCAACAGAAUGUUAUUACUGAUUCACAUAUUCAGCAGCACCACCAGGGACCUGUAGAGGAUAAUGACGUAAAUUUAUUUGGGUCUGAUGCUCUUGAUGAAGUAAAUGGUUCUGGAAAUGCCAUACACCCAGUUCUUUUUCCUGGACGGAUCUUCAAUCAAAAUGGCGAGAGCUUGUUCCCUGGAGAUUCCUCGUUUUCAACUGAAACUGAUAGAAACCAACAUGUGCUCAUUGACUUGAAUCGGACUCAGCAACAUAAAAUGUCUCCUUCAAGGUUGCAAAGUCAGAUGCAGAACCUUCACAAUGCUAUUAAAACACAGGUGAUGUCAGAAUUCCAGGCUUCUCAAUUUGAUUCCAAUGCUGUAGCCAACGAGCAGGCUGCUCAAAUGACAAAAUCACCAGUUGCUAAAACUGGUGAACAGGGUGCUCUAGUAAUAAAUUCUUCUGCGUUUAUGGCUCAGAGGUUUGUGAAAGAACAGCAGCCAGGAUUAGACACAUCCAGUUCAACGAGGAGGGUGCCUUCUUAUUCUGAUACUGCCCAUUUUGUACCCUUCAUCAACACAAUGAAUUCAAAUCCGGCUACAAAUUCUCUUGAUCUGUUGGAUCCCAUUAGCUAUGGCAAGGCAGAUAUCGAGAGCAACCAUAAUCUACCCUCUGCAACUGUGUCUGACUCAGUAGAACAGAAAAAUCAGAUGCCCGUGGAACGGUCCUCACAGCUAUCUACUGUUGACGCUGUAUUUGGCAGUUCAACUCUGAAACAUCAUGAUAGUCCAAAAGCAAAAGAACCGAAAAUAAUUUCAAUUUCUGAAGUCAAUGGAGGCGAUCAAACUGCUGAUGAGGAAAUCAAAGGUGGACAAGGAAAUAAACAUCCUGAAAAUGUUGGUGGCCAUGGGAAAGUUGAUGACAGCAGUGCUAUGAAGUAUGACAAGGAAAUGCGAUUGUUCAAGAAUGCUCUUGUUGAGUUGGUUAAGGAGAUAUUAAAGCCUAAAUGGAAGGAAGGUCAGAUGAGUCGGGAAGUUCACAAAACCAUUGUGAAAAAGGUGGUUGACAAAGUGACUAGUACAAUUGAAGACGAUCAUAUUCCAAAGGUUCAAAAUAAAGUAGAGCAAUACUUGACUGCUUCUAAACCGAAAGUUACCAAACUUGUACAGGCAUACCUGGAGCGCAGUCUUAAGACAGAAUCUUGAAUUGAAAAUUAUGCCUUGUUCCUCCUUUCGUUGUGUAAUUGAAUGUUUAUUAGAAUAUCAGUCCAGCAUUUUAUUCUUUAGUUCUGCAUAAGCUACUGGACUUUACUGCAUUAGGGAAAAAUACUUUCUGGGAAUUAUUUCUUGCCGAUAUCUUUCAUUUUUCUCCCCUUUUUUUCCUUAUUUUGUGGAUUUGGAUAUAGAGAAGAAAGAGCAUCACAAGAGAAUUCUGAUAAGUUAUGUACAGUUUUUCUCUAAAUGAAUGUUUGCAUUGCUGGAUGGAAAGCUUCUGUAAUGAAAUCAGUUUGUAGCGUCCAAAGUGUAAGUUUACAAGUUAGGUUUUAAGUUAGCAAUGUGUGACUCAUUGAGGACAAGAAGCGUGUCUACUUUAUUUACUUUAAUCAGUUGUUUAUGAGCCA